GGACCUGCUAACCAGCCAAUUUCUGACCCCCUGGCUCAAACACCGUUGGCGCCAGAUGAGCCGUGGCGCCAUUCUGCGGCGCACAGAGGAAGGGAGCGAGUGAGAAAGAGUGAUAGAGUGUGUACCGCAACUAGGCAGUGCAUAUGCAAGAGAACGAAGAUCUACAGGCCGCUGUCUUCGCCGAGACUUCUAGCAGGGCAUUUCACUAAACAUCCAUCAAAGGGCAAAGAGUGUGUCUGUCUGAUUGGAACAUGCAGGGUGACAAGAUGACAAGCACACACAUCUGAAGCUGAACUAACACAGUUUAUUAUCGUUCAGUAACACUGAUAUAGUGAUUGACAUGUCGUCACGAAAUCAGACAUGCUGUCCUCAAAAUCCCAACAUCACAACGAAAGAUGAAUGGACGAAUGCCGCAACAACAGCAGUGUUAACUUGACAAUGGAAGUAACACCCAUAUUUCUCGCUAAGCAUCACGGGACGUAGGAAAAAGGCAGGACUGAUCCUGACUCGGCCUGAAACAUAAAAAUCAUUCAAGUUUCUUUUCGAGGGCGCGGGGCUCAUUGAGCAACGCGUCGUUUCACUUAAACGGAAAGACGGAAGUUGUCAGGCUGGAGUGCGUCCUGAUGGCAGAGUCAGAGACUGACUGUGACACACCAGGUCUCGAUACAUUGGGAUCUGAGUGUGUCAUAGCCCAUACGCAAGUUGGUGACUUGCAUUAUGGAGCAGAGACUGAGAUUAUGACUCAAGAGGACAAAAGGCUUGACCUGGAAGCUAUUCAUGGUGACUUAGGGGCUGUGACCUGUGUGGAUGUUGUAACCGAGACGGACCAUGACUACAUAAAAUCUGAAAUUCACCAUGAUCAUCAUCAGUACUUCAGCAGUGCAGAAAUAAAAACCGAGCAUUUGCUCGGCGAGGUGCUGUUGAAGACUGAGAUCGGUGGUGGAGAGCAUAUUGUGAAGGUGGAGUCUGACCACGGAGGAGAGCUUACAGUGGAGUCAGAAAAUGGUGUCAUUAUACAUGAGGCCCAUGGCCUGCAAUGCAGUGAGUGUGGUGAAAUUUUUGGCAGUAUGACUGAUCUCCACGAACAUUUUGAAAUCCAUAGAGCCACUCACCCCUACAUUUGUGUCCAUUGUGGCGAGAGCUUUGCUAUUGAGGCCAGCCUGAGAAGUCACAUGAGGAUUCACAUGAAAGAGAAAAGUUACACCACUGGCCUUGAGAUGGUUGGCAAAGGAGUCAUUGAUGCAUUCAACUUGAAACCUCACCAGUUGAUGCACUCUCCUGAAAAGCCACACAGAUGUUCAGAGUGUGGUAAAAGCUUUGCAGCUGCCAUUACUCUCCGAGAGCACAUGAAAAUGCAUUCUGACGACAAACCCUACAAAUGCACACAAUGCAGAAAAAGUUUUGUACGCAGACGCCAUCUAAAGAAACAUCAAGAGCUGCAUGCCCGUGACAAGCCAUUUACCUGCCCACAGUGUGGUAAAGGCUUUGCGACGGCUUCCAAUCUAAAACAGCACCAGAAGACCCAUACUGGUGAGAAGCCACACAGGUGCACCCAGUGUGGGAAGUGUUUCGCAGCUGCAACCACAUUGAGAGAACAUCAGAGAAUUCACUCUGGAGAGAAGCCCUACAAGUGCAACCAGUGUAGGAAGAGCUUUGUUAGGAAACGCCACCUCAAGAAGCACCAGCUAGUCCAUCAGGGUGGAAAGCCGUACCGGUGCUCUCAAUGCGACAAGGGUUUUAAUCAUUCCUCUUCCUUGUCAAGACACCACAAGGUUCACCUGGAGGCAAAGAUGUAUGCCCAGGGUGAUAAAGAUUUCCCGUUUGAUACACCAAUGAAGAGGGGAAUGCAUACAGGUGAAAAACCAUACAGCUGCAACCAUUGUGAGAAGAGCUUCAAUCACUCGUCAUCACUAUCCAGACACCAGAGAACUCAUUCUGAUGGAAAGUCCUACACUUGUGCACACUGUGGGAAGAGGUUCAAUCAUCCAUCCUCUCUUGCAAGACACCAACGGGUUCAUUUGGAGGAGAAGCCCUCUUAUAGUGCAAUUGCAACAGGAAAGGGAUUCCCCCACACUACCAUCUUGAAACAGACAAUCCUUGAAAAUGAGAAACCCUAUAGGUGCUCUCAGUGUGGAAAGGGUUUCAAUCAUUCUUCUUCAUUAUCUAGGCAUCACAGAAUUCAUAUUAGUAAGAAUGAAUAUCAGUAAGGUUUUUCUUCUCCCACAAGUGGUUCAUCCCACCCUUGAUUCAGGCCAGCUUGGUAAUGGAUGCAAGAAAAGUCGCUGUGAACCUGAUCUGAAGGAACUCAUUUUAAAAACAAGUCCUUCAUCUUUUCAAGAGCAAUUAAUUUCAAUAUGGUAUGAUUGGCUUUGAGUUUAUAACUCCCUGUAUAAUGUGCUAAUACAGUUUGACAUGAUACUUCAUGUUCCUCAGUGACAAUUGUAUGAUUAAAACUAGAUGAAAGUUAUUGAUAUUCCAUCAUUACUGACUUGUGUCAGUCAUAUUAAGCUCCUGGCUUUAGGAAGCUUUUGUAAGUUAAUGGUAAAGACUGGCACAAUCUUGAACUGCGUAUUAGGUCUUGUCAGUUUUGAAUUGCAGAGAAUUUAGCAAAUUUGUCUAGACUUCAUUAGUCACUCCCUUAGUCUGUAUCAUUACCCACCUGUAUCUAUAUCAUUAAUGGGCUGAGACGCUGAUAUCAUGUGUAAAUAUGUGUUGAUUUCCUGUUAUAUAGAUAUGUAUAGGUAAGUAGUGUGCUUUUCUAAAAAUUAAGGAUUUUGAUGUAUGAUACAGUUAGUCUUAUCCAUCUCGUAUAGGUAAAAUGGGGUGGUGUUUUCAGGGGAUGUCACUAGUUUGGAAUGAGCUGUCUUGAGAAAGUUAAGGCUAUAUUAAUAACUGUAAAUCCUUUUGAUGUAAAAUGACUGAAUAUGCAAUCUAAAAUAUCAUCACUUCUAACUUGACUAACUCCCAGCAGUUGACUAAUGAGAGCUAAGCAAAAUGGGGAACACUUGAUUUAGAAUUGAGUCAAGUGUAAAGCGAUUUUGCAUUUACCACCCAGUUAUUAACCAUUUCGUGCAAUCAGUCAAGUGUGUUCAUAUAGGGUAGACCCAACAAAAUCAACUGAAAUUUACAUUGUUUUUUUUGGGAAACUUUGCCCAAUUUACAUUUACAUUGUGCCAGUCUACAGCAGACGCUGUUUGGCUUAAUUUAGAAAUUACAGUUUUUGUUUAUUUUUUUACACAUCUUAAGUAUUCCCCAAAAUCUCUUCAGUGCUUCUCACUGAUACUUCUCUCUGUUACCAAUGGCCUACUGCACAUUUGCUACAAGUUGCUCAGCCAUUGCUAUUGUCAGACAGCCAUGUAUAGCAAAUAGUUGUUUUCUGGAUAAAUUUAGCAGAGUAUCAACAUGUACUAAAUAGAUUGUGUAUACUUUAAAGCAAAUACAAAAUAUAGCUUGCAUUUUUGAAAAUGUUUGCUUCAUUAUUUUUCCUUCCCGAAUUCCAUGGGUUUGAGCUUUCUAUUUACAGUCGUGUAUGAAGAAAAUCUUUUACAAAUGGAUGUAUUUUUUUAAUACGGUUUGGGUAAUCUGAAAGGGAAAUACCGUUUUUAUGGAGUGAACAUUGUAUUGGAAUUAUUCAUUCUUUUUCCAUUGGAUAACUAUUGUGCUUCAAGUAGCAAUAGAUUCAUUGUGUUAGUUAGGUGCCUUAUUGCAUGCCAUGUAGAAAUGUAUGCUGAGCUAAUAGAAAAAAAAAAAUAAUAAUAAUAGGGUUUUGGCUCCUGCUCCCUUUGUUUUGUUACAUACUAAUCAAUGUUUUAAUUUGACUUCCUGUUUUAUUAUUUUUAUUAUUAUUUUUGCUUCUCUACAUGAAUGUUUACACUGUCACUUCUGUCUUUAAUGUCCUUGUCUGUCAACUAGCCUCGUUUUAGAUUAAAGGUUAAAGCAAGAAGUUGCAAUGCCAUUGAUCCAUAUGUUGAUUGCCCUCUACUGUGGUCAAUUAUUGUCCCAUAAGUUUAUUCCCUCAUCUUUGAGUGGCUCAGAUAUAUGGAUAAAUAAAGGUGGUUGCCUGUCAA